CAACGCGGAAGCAUAAAUUCACCACUAGUCUCCUGAAAUACAUGACUGUAUGAUAUUGUAUCCACUUCUCCUUCACUUCUUUAUAUUUGUUUCAAUCUAUUAGUAAGGUUCUGUUACUUCUCUACUUAACAAAAUAAUUAAUGAACAUGAAGCAAAGUGAGGCGGAGGAAUCAGCCCUCAAAGCUGAAGAAUCUUUUAUUCAAUGCCUUGAAAACAACAUUUCCACCUCGAGUUCUCCAAUAUCCCCCCUAAUCUACACCCAAAAAAACUCUAAUUAUACCACUAUUCUUAAUUCUCGGAUUCAUAACCUUCGAUUUAUUAAGACAACCACCCCGAAACCACUUCUUAUUGUAACCCCUACACAUGCAUCCCACAUACAAGGGGUGAUACAAUGGGCAAAACAGCAAGGCCUAGAAAUGAGAAUUCGAAGCGGUGGACAUGACUAUGAAGGCUUAUCCUAUGUGUCUAAUGUCCCUUUCUUGGUUCUCGACAUGUUUAACCUACGAUCCAUUGAUGUCGACAUCGACAAGGAAUUUGUAUGGGUGCAAGCGGGUGCAACUCUAGGCGAAAUGUGCUAUGAAAUCGCUAAGAAGAGUAAGACGCAUGGCUCACCUAUUGGGAUUUGCCCUAGUGUUGGCGUAGGAGGAAACUUUAGUGGGGGAGGAUAUGGUACUAUGAUGAGGAAGUACGGACUUAGCAUUGAUAACAUCGUCGAUGCCGAGCUCAUUGAUGCCAAUAGUAGGCUCCUAAAUCGCGAGACCAUGGGUGAAGACCUAUUUUGGGCUAUAAGAGGUGGUGGAGGAGCUAGUUUUGGGGUUAUUCUUUCUUACAAGAUAAAGUUGGUUCGAGUGCUUCAAGUGGUGACAGUUUUUCAAGUGUCAAGAACUAUAGAAGAAAGUAAUCUCGACAUAGUCCUUCAAUGGCAAGAGAUUUGUAGUAGCGUAGAUAAUGACCUUUUCUUGAGAUUAUCUAUGGAUGUCAUAGGUACGACAAAGGGAGAAAAGAAGGUGAAAGGGACAUUCAUUGCUAUGUUUCUAGGCGGCUCUAAAAGGCUUAUGUCGUUGAUGAGUGAUCAAUUUCCUGAACUCGGAUUGAAAAAGUCUGAUUGUCAUGAAAUGAGUUGGAUUGAAUCUGUUUUAUUUUGGGCGAAAUACCCUAUUGGUACAACUCCGGUUGAGGUUCUCCUCGAAAGAAAACCUACAACAUUGUGGCAUCAAACAAGGAAGUCUGAUUAUGUGAAAGAACCAAUUCCAAGAGAAGGAUUUGAGUUUAUUUUGAAAAAGAUGAUUGAGCUAGGAACCCCAAGUCUUGUAUUCACCCCCUAUGGUGGGAGGAUGAGUGAAAUCGCCGAAAACGAGACUCCUUUCCCCCAUAGGAAAGGAACCUUGUACAAGAUUCAAUACAAAACAAAUUGGGAUGAAGAAGGGAGAGAGAAAGAGAUAUAUUUUAUAGAUUUGACAAGAAAAUUGUAUAGUUUCAUGACAUCUUAUGUGUCCAAAAGUCCAAGGCAAGCAUUUUUUAACUAUAGGGAUUUGGACUUGGGGAUCAAUAAACAUGAUGGUAUCAGUAGCUAUUUGGAAGGAAUGAAUUACGGGAUUAAGUAUUUCAAGGAUAAUGUUGACAAGUUAGUGAAGAUUAAGACUAUGGUUGAUCCCAAUAAUUUCUUCAAGAAUGAGCAAAGCAUCCCAGUUCUUCCCACAUAGACAAUUGAACAAAUUAACAAUGUCUCUUGGGCUUAUAAGCUCGUAACAUGUGCUAAAGAUGGCGUUUAAGUCAGCUUCUCUUUGUGAGUGUUCUUGAUGCUAGAACAAUAGUAAUAUAAUCUUUACUUUUGCAAUCAGCGCUUUGUUCAAGAUAAUCUGAAUAGUGAUUUUCAACUAUUGUUCCGUCAAAAAAAAAAAAAAGGCCUACCAUCCUUUAUAAUUAUGUGUACUGUGUAGGAUCCAUUUGAAUAAUGCAUUGGCUAUGGAAUUCACUACAACUCUACCUCA